AUGGACUCCAAUGGACUAAUGAAAGCCUUUGCCCGAGGGACAAACCUUCUCCUCGACCACGGGAUACACCUCACACAAUGGGGGGAUCAAGUUCACCUAUAUUGGGGAUAUCCGGCAGUAAUUUGUGUCUAUGAUUUUGCCGUCGACGACUUGCGUUUGGUGGAAGCCGUGAGCCUCCUACAAAAUGCAGAUAUGGGGUUCAAGCUUGUAGACCCACCACUUGGUGCAAGAGCUCAAGGCCCACUAGGAAUGAAAGGCUAUCAUUUUGUUCAUGAAGCGGAUCGACAACGGUUCCCUACCCGUCUACGUCUAAUACCAGGAUCGCUCGUGCACCUUUCAAGCUGUCACAGUGAUCUGGUCCACUCACCAUUCGAUUCAGCUCGACAAUUGUAUCUCCCGAAACUCCCGGAACAUUGCAUUUCAUUGAUUCGAUGUAUGGAGGACUAUCCUGAAGACGCUGCGGAUAGAUGCCUAGCACAAUCUUCCCUUCACAUCCUAAUCGCAGCAGCUAUUUACAAGGAGCCCAAUGUUGGCGGGAAAAUAUACGUACCAGAGGAGGAGACUGAACCCGAACAGGAAUUUAACGCCAGACAAAAAAUAGCAAUUCAGGAAAUCGAGGCUUGGGAAUUGCCCGGGGACGACGAGCCAUAUCGGGCGAUAAUGAUUAAAUUUUUGCAAUUUAACUCCAUAUCAUAG